GCCGCCCCGCCGCCCGCAGCCCUCCGCCGAGGGCGCCCCGGGACGGAAGGGUCCAGCAGCCUGCCGGCGCCCGCCGCGCUCGUGGUCGCCGUCGCCGUGGUCGUCGUGGUCGUGUCCGCCGUCGCCUGGGCAAUGGCCAAUUACAUCCACGUCCCGCCCGGCUCGCCCGAGGUGCCGAAGCUCGACGUGACGGUGCAGGACCAGGAGGAGCAGCGCUGCCGCGACGGCGCCCUGAGCCUGCUGCGCCACCUGCGGCCGCGCUGGGACCCCCGCGAGGUGACCCUGCAGCUCUUCACAGACGGGAUCACAAACAAGCUCAUUGCCUGCUAUGUGGGUGACAGCAUGGAGGAUGUGGUUCUGGUGAGAAUUUACGGCAACAAGACAGAGCUGCUGGUGGACCGAGAGGAAGAAGUGAAGAGUUUCCGAGUGCUGCAGGCGCACGGCUGUGCCCCGCAGCUCUACUGCACCUUUAAUAACGGACUGUGCUACGAGUUUAUCCAAGGCGAAGCUUUGGACCCACAGCAUGUCUGCAACCCAGCCAUUUUCAGGCUAAUAGCUCGUCAGCUUGCAAAAAUCCAUGCUAUCCAUGCACACAAUGGCUGGAUCCCCAAAUCUAACCUAUGGCUAAAGAUGGGGAAAUACUUCUCUCUCAUUCCCACAGGAUUUGCUGAUGAAGACAUUAAUAAAAGGUUCCUAAGUGAUGUCCCAAGCCCUCAGCUUCUUCAGGAGGAGAUGACGUGGAUGAAAGAGAUCCUGUCCAACCUGGGCUCACCUGUGGUACUUUGCCAUAAUGACCUGUUGUGUAAGAAUAUAAUCUACAACGAGAAACAAGGUGAUGUACAGUUCAUUGAUUAUGAGUAUUCUGGAUACAACUACCUGGCAUAUGAUAUUGGAAAUCAUUUCAAUGAAUUUGCAGGUGUCAGUGAUGUAGACUAUAGUCUCUAUCCAGAUAGAGACCUCCAGGCCCAGUGGCUGCGCUCUUACCUUGAAGCCUACAAGGAGUAUAAGGGCUUUGGCAGUGAAGUCACCGAAAAGGAAGUAGAGACACUCUUCAUUCAAGUCAACCAGUUUGCAUUGGCUUCUCAUUUCUUCUGGGGACUCUGGGCUUUGAUCCAAGCCAAGUACUCCACAAUUGAGUUUGAUUUCCUUGGGUACGCCAUUGUCCGCUUUAACCAGUACUUUAAAAUGAAGCCGGAGGUCACAGCACUAAAGAUGCCUGAGUAAAGAAGAGGACUCACUGUUCUCCAGGAGCCGAGCAGUGCUUGUGGAUGCUUCCUAAGAAAUUCCAAAAGCCAAUAUUUGUUAACACUCAUUUAAUUUGGUUAUCUUGCUUUACAAAUUUGCCUCUAAACAACCAAUCUAUUUUUAAAUAGAAAGAUGUUAAAAUACACUUACUGUUGUCAGUAUGUGGCAGGCUAGAGAUUUGUCCAUCAGUGGAAAGAUUAGAGUGAGCUUUAGCCUUUGGCAAUAUGUCCAUGUUACAUGUGAAUUAUUUAUUACAGAUUUGACACGACUGACUACUUUCAUCUUUCAUUUGUUGGCUCAGUGUGUGGAAUCAGAAUGUUGUAGAGAUCUUUUAAAAGUUUUGUUAGUGGGGUUAAUUUUAGAAAAAACAUUCAUUGUAGCCUCUGAAAAUGAAUCAUUUACUCUUGACGUGGCAGUCACUGCCUCGGUAGUAACUUAGGGUGUUGUAGAGUUUUCUAGAUAAGUGCCCAUUAAGCAGGGAGCAAGACAGCCACUGUCUCUAGGGUAUACUUUUUUGAAUUGGAAAUUGGAAAUAAUUUCUUUGAAGAAUACAACUUAGAAUGAAAUUGUCUCUACGUAGCCUGAAUAUAUUUACUGUAUAAUCCUGGAAUAUAAGUAUAACAACUUAAUGUUAAAAUCUGUAUUAAGUCAUGUUUUAAAAUACUAGGUAAUGAUCAUUUAGGGUAAUAAAUAGUCCCAGUUUUUAGAAUUUACCUGUCAAAUUGUUUUUAACCAAAAAUUUUGUUUAACUUGAGAAACUCUGUUUUUGUUCAUUAAAUAAUAUUGUUAGUAUUUGAAACAAACAUACAGAGUUCAUCAUACUUGGAAGCAAGGAAUAUCGUUUAGAUUCUUUGUAUUCAGAUCCAUUCCUUAGGUUGGUUUUGUGUCUGUAGAGUCAGCCAGUGAUUGCUGAUACAUGUAAUUUCAGAGUAAUAUUGUUAAAGCUGUUAGAAGAAUCAGUAAGGAACAUUUAGGUAGGUCAUUGAGCUUGAAUACUUAAAAUCUUAACAAAUAAGAAAAUGUGAAUUAAAUAGUAGUCGUGGUAGGAGGACUUGUUUUAUCUUGUUUUGUUAGUCUGGUUUUUAUUUUUUGUAUAGGUGUAAGAGGGAGGCAACUAUUAUAUGGAAUAUGGAAGGAAGUUGGGUCUUUGAGUAGACAAAGAAGGCUUUAAUCUCUGAAGACUGUGGGCUUGAGCAGUCACAGCUAACUUAGAUUAGUCAGACAGGCUUUGCACUUUGGUCACAUAAGUGCUUUUGUACAAAGUUAGCUCCAUGGAUCUGCAUAUUUAAAGUAUGCAAUACAGAUCUAUCCUAAGACAUCAUCUGGUAUAUUGUUCCACAUUACUUAAGUUCCAGACAAGUGCUUUAAAAUACUUGGAUUGUUGCAACAUGUUCAAAGCUAAUAAAGUGGAAACACUUACAGACCUUGGCCAUCUGAGAUGGUAAAUUCUAGCCACGUAAAUAGACUAAGUGUGUGUCUCCAACAGUGUUAGACCUGGAUUUGGUUUCUACCUCCCCAAUGUUGUAACGAUCUCUUUUGUUUUUAUGAACCACAUUACUGUAAGAUCAGAUCAUUACAAGCUGAAUUCCUUGAAUGGAAACAAUGAUGACUAGCUCUUUUCAAUGUUAAAGCAGACCUACGAGGACUGGCUUACUGGAAUUGUCAUUCGUGGUUGGAACAUUGUCAUAGAACCAUAGAUGUGAGCCUCCCGAGUCUUUGCUUUCCUCCUCCUGAAAUCCGAGAGUAUGUGUCAUUGGGACACUGCAGAGGACAGUGUUUGCUAGUCUCUUCCCGAUCUUACUUGAGAGUGCUUUGAAUGGGGCUCACCAUGCUGCUGCUGCUGCUGCUGUUGGACUGCAUCGCGGCCGACUGAGACACAGCUGCCUCAGAGACUCCUGUGGCAGUGAAUGCAGCGAUGGAGACUUCCUUGUUUACCCUGCUAGCAUGCAAGAGAUCUUGGAGAAAGAUUAGCACAUGCAAACUGUUGUCCCCAUUCCUUGGCCAGAUUUGGGUGCUCUGAUGUGCCUGCUUCCCAUACAGCUUUUGGGGAUCAUGGUGUAGACUAUCAACAGGAUUCAAAAUGUCUUUCCUUUGUAUUGACCAUGUAAGGGUUUCUAAAGAGGGUACAUUGGGACAGCUCUGAAGAGCAUCCCUCUAAAAUGUGUCCUGUGGCUUGCUAGAAUAUCAGUUGCCUUCUUUUGUUAAGCUAAGGAAUUUGAAUGCCUUACCUAAUCACUCAACUGGUGGUAAGCUCAUUUUGUAAAUAUGAAAGUGGAUGUUAGAAGUGGCAUUCAUGGAUGUUCAAUGUUAAUCAAUAGACCGUAGUGGCCUGGAUGCUGUAACAAGCAAAAUUCCACAUUUCUGCCCUCUACCCUGAUCCUGUCUCCCUGGCACCCCUGUAUGAUCUUGAACCUGACCAAUGUUAAUUGAUUUUCCUACCCUCUUCUAAUUCGUGCUACCACCAUUUCCCAGGAAAUGAGAUGUGGUGGCCACGUGUCACUGUUGACAUGAUCCGCCUGAGGUCAACAUGAGCACAAACCUCAUCACUAGGUCUGCCUGGAGUGUAAAUAGACAGUGUAAAUAAGCAGUGUAAUUAGUGUCCCUGUGUCCUGCAAGAGCGCGUAGUUUGCAUUCUCCUUUGUAGAAGUUUUUCUGUUACUGUAUGACCCAGCCUGUGGGUGUUUGGCUGGGAACAGUGCACAGCUCUAGCUGUGCAGUGAAAUGGCAAGAACUAGAGGUAAGGUUUACUGGGUUUUAGUUGUGUUGGUAUUUAUUUAUUUAGCCUCUCAGUGCCUAAUAAGACUUUUCUCCAAUUUUUGCUCAGCUAUUGACUUUUUUGUUGAUUAGACACCGGGGAGCAGUGAAUUUAUAAGGCUCAUUCUCUGAGUCACAAUUUGAAGAUAAAGGAAAGUAAAAAUGUAAUUUGCUGUUUGUGAACUGAAGUGUGGUCCCCUUUUCUAUUUAUAGUCUGUUGACACUUUCAGCAAGAAACUGAAAUUCAAUGUGAACGUAAAUCCCAUCCGUACAAGACAUAGGGCAAAUGGCAUCUCUUAGUUUGUCUGGUGGUUUCUCUGGAGUGGGUCAGUAUGAGAAUGUGAGAACAGGGUGUCUUUUAUGACAAUUACCCCCAUGUUUAUUUUAACUUUUUGACUUGAGACUUAAAGGAAGAAUUCUCGAAAGCACUCUAAAGGAAAGUUAGAAACCUCUAGUUUGAACGGAAGCCGCCUGGACCCCUUGAUGGUCUCACUAGCGGACAUAUGGAGGGCAGUAAUGUCAGGUUGAGUUUUCCCUCUAACUUGCUUUUGAGUGUUUUAUACUGCAUUCCAGAGUACUGUAGACGUAAAUAUUUUCCUAUUAACCUGUCAUCCCUGUCAUCCUGUUGACAAAGUCCACAAUGCUUUGUGCUGGGGUUUUCCUAGUGGCAGCUACCUCACACAUAAGGUGAGUGCAGGUGGAGACGAGCCUCUAAGUGUCUCUCACUUCAGGGCCAGUUGCUGGGGCUUUCUUCUCCGUCAGAUUUCAUGAGAAGCUGAGCUGCGUCUCUCAGCAUGUUUCUGUUCUGAACAGCAAGGUAAAGGACGGUGAGCUGCCCCUUUCCCAUAGUGACGGCAGGCAGUGUUAAGUCUGGGCUUUGACCAAUGAUAUCAGCUGCUCCAGGUAAAACAUCCCUGUUUUGGGGAACUUCAGCCCGUGUUUCUGUAAAAGAAAAUACUUGCGGUUUUUGUAUUACCUUGAAUUCUUGAAGUCUAAAUUCAGUGACACAUUACAAAUGAGUUAGAUGUGUGUGAAUAGUUUUUGUGCUGAAAAAUUUCAAUUUUGGUUCAGUUUGCUAUGGGAAGAAACCCCAAUGUGCUGGGAAUAGGAACAAACACUGAUGCUUUACUCAUAAGCACUUUACACUCCUGUGUUGGAGGCCUCUGUCCUGGACUGUGCCCUGUGGCGUCACCAACACACUUGUCCAUUAUGCAUUGUAUAUUAUAUAUACUUACAAAAAACUCUUAUAAUUUUAUGUUUCGGUUAUCUUCCCCACCGUGGUGAUUUGGAUCCCAUUAAUACGUUAAUACAACACUAGAUCCUUACAGAACUGAAACAUCACGUUGUCUUUGGAUUAGUUUGUGUAAGUGGAGCAGGAAAACCUAUUGCACUGAACUUACAGGCUUCCUAGCCAGUAACUGUGAGAGCUCGUUUGAAGCCCAGUGACACCCGUAGAGCUGUGGAGGAAAUGGAGUGCCUGCCCGCCAUGCCUGCACUGUGCUUGCUGCUGCUCGUUUGUAGGUAGUGACAAAGUGUUCGUUGUCAGUAACCUGAAGUUGUCCUCUGUAUUUACCUGUACUAAAGUGAGUGUAAACUAAUGGAACCUACAAAGAACUUUUCUGUAAGCAAGGUCAAAUGUCCUGAUUGAAGGAAGACGACAUGGUGUUACCCAUACACGAGGGGAAAAGCUGAAUGAGUAACUGUUGAAUUGGGAAGCUGUGGCAUAGAUCUUAAAUCUGUGUUUCUCAAAUGUGAAUUGUAGUCUAAAGCUGCUUUGUAUAGACUGUAAGUGCUAUGGAUAGUCUCAGCACUGAACAUUCUUUGAUACCUCGCAGAUGAAUGCAGCCUUUGUCCUGGGUUUCCCUAUGCCUCUGCCAGGGUCUGAGUGCCGGAGAACUUGCUCAUCUGUUUGCUAGCCGAGAUACUUCCUGCUUUUUCCUUUGUUGUUACAUAUUUUUAUGUUUGAAGUUUAAGUUUUACUACUGUUAAUUUAAGUAAAAUUUGUUCCGUGGAUAAAAUGGCAUCGCCAGUGAAUUCAACAGCCUCAUUCAUGUAGCUGCUGAAGUGACAUUUGUGUUCUGUGUUCAUGAACUUGCAAUGAAGCCGCGUUUCUGUUAAGAUUCAAGUGCGGCUUAGGCUUUCUUUCUGUUUAAUAAGGCUUUCUACCAUUGAUUAAAUGAAGGAAUGUAUCUUUUUGAAGAGAUUUAUAUUCUGUAAAUAAACAUUGGUUGUAACAAUAAAGUUGAGUUCUAACUAUAA